UCUACCCCUGUGAAGGAACACAACAGCAACUUUUUUGUCCACUCUUCACUCGUUCUCGAAGCUCAUGGAAGUUUCUGUAGGUCAGUCGGUGUAUGAACGCAGAGAUAACAUAACAGGUUGAAGUAAAGCCUGUUAAAAAGCGCAAGACAUGGGGAAGGAUUUCUAUAAAGUUCUCAAUAUUCCAAGAACUGCAACUGUUGAUGAAGUUAAAAAGGCCUACCGAAAGUUGGCCUUGAAGUAUCAUCCUGACAAAAACAAAGGUAGCAAAGAGGCUGAGGAGAAAUUCAAGGAAGUUGCUGAAGCUUAUGAGGCACUGAGUGACCCUCAAAAAAGAGAAAUUUACGACCGAUAUGGAGAGGAAGGUCUGAAGGGAAAUGUUGGAGCCAGUGGUGGUGGUCCUGGGUUCCAGAUGCCAGAAGGUUUUUCCUUCACAUCAUUUAAUAUCGACCCGAAUGAAACAUUCAGGACAGUGUUUGGCGAUGAAGACCCAUUUGCAAAUAUCUUUGAAAACCUUGGUGGCUUUGGUGGGUUUCCUGGUUUUAGCCAUGCUGGGCGAAGUAGAGGUCGUGGAAGGCCUGGCCAUCCUACAAAUACCAUGGAGUUUGAGGAUGUUCCAUUUUCCUCUUCAAAGCCAAGGCAAGAUCCACCCAUACAGUAUGACCUUAAUGUGACCUAUGAAGAAUUGUUUUCUGGCUGUAAAAAGAAAAUGAAGGUUUCAAGGAGGGUGUUGAAUCCAGAUGGGUAUACAACUAGAGAAGAACAGAAAAUAUUGGAAAUAACUGUUAAAAAGGGAUGGAAAGAGGGAACAAAGAUCACUUUUGCAAAGGAAGGACAUCAAAGUAGGGACAAAGUCCCGGCAGAUAUUGUUUUUGUGAUAAAAGACAAGCAACAUCCAUUAUUUAAAAGAGACAAAGACAACAAUUUGCUUUAUACGGCAAGGAUUUCUCUUAGAGAAGCACUUACUGGAACACAAUUAGAAAUAAAGACUAUAAGUGGCAAAAUGUUUCAAGUUUCUAUUGAUGAAAUUGUGACUCCUACAUCUACAAAGAUAAUUCGUUGUGGAGGUCUCCCAAGGCCAAAGCAUCCAGAGCAAAUUGGUGAUCUGCUUAUUUCAUUUGACAUUCAGUUCCCAAAUCAUUUGCCAAUCAGGACAAAAGAGGCCUUGCUUCAGCUUUUACCUGAAUAGAUGCUUCCAACGUGGUCAUAAAAUUUUAACUAUUACAAUAACAAAUUUAGCUUGCUGGCAAAAAGGAAAGUGAUUUCAGUUUAAAAGGAACGUUAUUUUUUGGAAUGAAUUACAUUUCAGUGAAAGCAAAAAAUGAAAUUUUGUUUUUUUGUUUGUUUUGUUUAUGGUUCGUUAUCAUGAUCUAUGUUUAGAAAUUCGUGUUUUGUGUAUGAAGUGUUUUUUUGUAUGACUGGUGUAUGUGAAAAUAAAUCAUUUACAUGGAUUCAUGGGUCAGU